AUUCAGCUUGUAUAAAUACCCAUAUUUGCAAGUUUCAAGCUUUGUAGAGAUAGGAAGGAAUCUCAGUCAGUAUCCAUGGCUGCAUCAGUUUCUUCUCCUCAAUCUGGCAGUGGCAACCUUCACGUGUUCUGGCACGAGGGUAUGCUUGCUCAUGACACCGGCAAUGGCGUCUUCGACUCCGGAAUCGAUCCUGGUUUCUUGGACGUCUUAGAAAAACACCCAGAAAACUCUGAAAGAGUCAAGAACAUGCUCUCCAUUCUCAGAAGAGGCCCUAUCUCUCCCUACAUUACUUGGCAUUCUGGAAAACCAGCUCUCACUUCUGAAUUGCUCUCUUUCCACUCCACAGAAUACAUAAAUGAACUAAUUGAAGCUGAUAAAGAAGGGGGUAAGAUGUUUUGUGGAGGGACUUUUUUGAAUCCUGGCUCAUGGGAAGCUGCUCUUCUUGCUGCUGGUACUACUUUAUCAGCUAUGAAGUAUGUUCUAGAUGGACAUGGAAAACUUGCUUAUGCAUUGGUCAGGCCUCCGGGUCACCAUGCUCAGCCUACCCAAGCUGAUGGAUACUGCUUCCUUAACAAUGCUGGUCUUGCUGUUAAUUUGGCUUUGAAUUCUGGUUGUGCUAAAGUAGCUGUGAUUGACAUUGAUGUUCAUUAUGGCAAUGGAACCGCGGAGGGGUUUUAUCGGUCAGAUAAAGUUCUUACGAUCUCACUUCAUAUGAAUCAUGGUUCAUGGGGUUCAUCUCAUCCUCAGAAUGGAUCUAUAGAUGAGCUUGGUGAGGGGAAAGGAUAUGGCUACAAUCUGAAUAUACCUUUGCCUAAUGGCACGGGUGAUCGAGGAUAUGAAUAUGCUUUUUCGGAAUUGGUUGUCCCAGCUAUCCAAAAUUUUGAGCCUGAUAUGAUGGUCUUGGUUGUUGGUCAAGAUUCAAGUGCUUUUGAUCCUAAUGGAAGGCAAUGCUUGACGAUGGAGGGUUUUCGAGAGAUAGGGAAGAAGGUCCAUAGCCUAGCCAAUCGGUAUUCUGGUGGGCGCAUCCUUGUAGUCCAAGAAGGUGGAUAUCAUGUCACAUAUUCAGCUUAUUGUCUUCAUGCAACACUUGAAGGUGUGCUCAACUUACCAAUUUCUUUAUUAUCUGAUCCCAUCGCAUAUUACCCAGAGGAUGAAGCCUUUCCUGUAGAGGUUAUUAAGUCCAUAAAGAAAUACCAAACAGACAAGGUACCAUUCAUGAAACAAGCUGAGUUUUAAGUGAAUAAACCUCUGUUAAUAUUAAGCUGGCAUUGUCCAUCAUAAACAAAUCAUAUAGGGAUGGUAAACAUGUUCGUUUCCAUGGCCCUGAUAGUAGCAAGUCUACAAAUUGUCACUAAUUUAGACUUAAUGUUACGAAAUUUGUUGGGAGUAAAAUAAGAUUUUUUGUAGUAAAAACAUAUUACAUAUAUAUUUUCAUGGUUAGAACUUAUUAGCUUUUGCUUCAGUGAGAAUAUUGUAAUUUUUUUUUACUUAAUGGAAGUAAAUGUAGUUAUAAUUUA